AUGGCCUUCGGAACCAACUAUAAAAGUAUGGAACCAGCAUGCCAUCUAACAAGACUAGCCCAAGGUUCCAAAGAAAUGGCAAACGAAAUGGAGCUGUAUACCAGCAUGUCUCAAUUUUCGUCUGACAUGUAUAGCCAGGUUUUGGCGGCUCAACCAAUGGAGGCGCAAAAUGUAUUCAUGUCCCCUCUCAGCGUCUUCGUAGCAUUGUUAAUGACGUUGGUUGGUGCUGGAGGCCAAACGCGACUGGAAUUGCGGCAGAGCUUGCAUAUCCCACGAGAAUUAGAAGACGACGAAGUGCACAGUUUGUUUGGAUCAGUGUUGAAGAACCAGUUAAUGCAGUCAGACGAUGUCAAUGCGUCCCUGGCAAACCGAUUGUUUAUACUUCAAAGUAUAACGGUGCUCGAUGAUUUCAUGGAUAAACUGAAAAAUAGUUACACUGCGGAGGCAGAGAUGAUGAAAGAUUAUGCCGACAUGGAGGCAAGGCGACAGCGAAUUAACCAAUGGGUUUCUGAUAAUACAAAUUCAAAGAUACCGGAACUUCUCGCCGAAGGUGUACUAUCGGACAACAGCGUAAUGGCGCUUGUGAACGCAGUGUACUUUAAAGGCUUAUGGAAGUACCAAUUUGACAAAGAGACAACUAAGAACGGAUCGUUCCACUUAUUGGAUGGAAACGCAGUUGAAGUGCCCAUGAUGGCGAUGACCGAACGCUUUCCGUAUGAGGACCUACCUGAUAUGGAUGCUGUAGCUGUAAAGCUCCCAUUUGGUAACAGUACAUGGGAACUGUUGGUCGUGCUACCAAACCAAAAAGAUGGUCUUCAAAACUUGACGAUGCAUUUUCACGCCAAUGAUACGUUGGAAGCGUUGCUGGCGAAACCGUUCUUGCCAAAUAUAUUGGACAUUAGUCUUCCACGGUUCAAGCUAUCCGAACUAAACCCGUUGGAUAUGAAAACGCUGUUACAGAAUUUGGGGCUUGAGUCUUUGUUUAGUCAAUCAGCGGAUCUCUCAAAACUUUCUCCUGAUGGGAAUAUAUUUAUCUCGGAAUUUGUGCACAAAGCAAUAAUUGAAGUUAACGAGGAAGGUGCCGAGGCUACAGCCGGAUCGGGCGUCAUCGGUGGCAGAUCAAGGCCCAUCGAAUUCCAUGUUGACCACCCGUUCGUCAUGGCACUGGUUUACAAUUCUACUCUUCCUGCUUUUAUUGGACACGUUGCCAAUCCUGAACUCCUCUAA